AUGCAGCUGGCAGAUCUCCCCCCCUCAGCAGCGAUCGCACCCACAGGGUGGGGAGGCGGAAGCACCGCCCCAGUCACCUUCCCCAGCGCAGCCUCCGUCCAGGGGGCAGCUUAUGGCCCUGGACCGGACCCCCCACGCACGCAGACAGCGACAAACGGCGCGCAGGGCCCCCCUGCUGCGCAGUAUCCGCAGCGCGCGCAAGGGGGGGUCUCGCAGGCUGGGAGCCAGCCCCCCCAGGGGCGCCAGCCGCAGGGGUACCAGUAUGGCGGCCAGGGGGCGCCCGGUUAUGGCCAGUCGGUUAUGGGGCAGGGCCAUAUGAGCUCCCCCAUGGGCCAGAUACCGAUUCAGUAUGGGGCACAGCAGCAGACGCCCAGCAGCCAAACCACGCCCUCGCUUACCAUACAACCCCGGGUUAGCAAGGCGAUCCGCAUCAUUAACCCCAACACGAAAGAGGAGGUUAAGCCGCCGUCGGCAGAGGGCAAGGACAAGAAGGAGGGCAAGCCGCCGGUCGCGCCGCAGCAGCCCAGCGGGGGGGUGCAAACGGCUGGACAGGCAGCCCCCCAAACGCGCAGCUCCCCGCCGAUGCAGCCGCAACAACCGCCACAGCAGCAGAGGCCGCCACCGCCGAUGGUUUAUCAGCAGACUCACGGGCAGCCUCAGAUGUACUACCCGAUGCAAGGCUACCCCCAGCAGCAACCCCCCUACUUCGGUCAACGGCCUGCCGGUCCUCAGCAGGGGGUUCCCAACCAGGGGCAGGGCGGCCCCCAAUUCCAAUUCCAGCAGCAACCCCAACAUCCUGGGGGGGUGGCUCGGCCAUACAUGCAGCAUGCGGGGGGGAUGGUGCCCCAGCAAAAUAAGCCCCCCGGAAGCGGGCUGGAGAACCAGGGGGGUCCCCAAAUGAUGGGCCAGAUGCCAAUGCAGCAGCCGGGUGGGCAGAUGUUGCGCCCCCCAGGCCCCCCCAUGCAGCAGCCCGGCCCCAACGGCCGCCCCGCCCUGCGUCCCGGCCAGGACGAGCAGCACUUCAUGCAGGGAUCCCCCCCCAAUAACAUGUUCUUCUCCGGCCAAGUCUCAAACUUCGGCGGCAACGAGCCAGCCCCCCAGCCCACCGGACCCAUGGUUCCUGGAAUGUCGACCGUUGGAUUCAACGGAGCGAACAUCCGGCCGCCGAUCGGGGGGCCGUCUGGGUGGGGCCCGAGACCCCCCCAGAUGAUGAACCAACAGGGGAGGGGGAUGGCGCCGCAGGGGGGCGCGAGGAUCUCGACAGUCCAGGCGCCGGGGCCGAUGGAUAAGCAGCAGCGGCAGCCGGAAGGGAGACCUGGCUCCGCGGGCCAAGGCGCCAACAAGGAGCGCAAGAAGCGCGACAAAGACCAGCAGCGCCCGCUCCCCCAGGGGGGCAUCUCCGCAUCCGCCCUCUCUGCAGCCCAGCAAGCGCAGCAGCCUCGACCUCCCCAGGUAAACGCUCCCGUUCCAGGGGGGCAGGCUCCGGGCCAAACCAGGGGGGGUGACGCUGCUUCCUCAGGGGGGGAGAAGGGGGUGGUUUCUGUGAACCAUCCAGGGGCGGGGGUGUCUCCCCCGAGCACACAUCCGGUUGUUUCGGCCCCCCCACACGGGAUCGGGGCGUCGGUUGGGCAGGCGGUUGUUAGUGCCUCCAGCCAGGAAGCGAAGCAAGCGGGGAGCGUCGGGGGGGCAGGGUUUGAGGGGUCGUUCAAGCACGGGCGGCCGGCCCAACUUGGGUCGCAAGCGCAGGUCCGCGAGCUGACCCACCAAAAGAGCGGCAAGUUCCGCGAUGCGCUGCCACCUGGCAGCGUCGCCUCUCCCCGCGGUCGGGGGGGCGACUCGCCCCGUAGCCAGAAGUCUGACAAGCAGCCGACGCAAGUCUUCCGGCCAAAGGUUGACCAGCCCAAUGUUGCAGCGGCAAAGGCGGCCGCGGCCGCAAAAGAGUCUGCCCAAGGCUCAGCAGAGCCCGAAGUUACGAAAAGCGAGGCGUCAACGGCUGCCCCGGAAGCAGUAACGGCUGCUGACAAGGGUGACGUGGCGGCGAAGGCUAAGGAGGGGCUGGGUGAGGUCAAGGCGAAGGAACCAGAGGAGGGUGGUGCGCCGAAGGAGACAUUUGCGCAGAAAGCGGCCAAAGCGAAGCCUGCGGUGGCGGGAGCUGCGAAGCCUAGUGCGCCAGAGGGGAAGGUGACUCCGUCGGUUGGUGCGAAGACAGCGGAAGGAAAGGCGAAGGGAGGGGAGAAGGAGAAGGAAGAGAAGGCGAAGGCGGACGCGGAUGCGAAAGCGAAGGCUGAGGCGGAAACCAAAGCCAAGGCUGAGGCGGAAGCGAAAGCGAAGGAGCGGGAACGGACAGAGGCAGAAGUGAAGAGGAAAGCAGAGGAGGAGCUGAAAGCGAAGGCUGAAGCCGAGGCAAAGAGGAAAGAGGAGGAGGAACGAAAAGCGAAAGAGGAGGCGGAGAGGAAAGCGAAGGAAGAGGCUGAGAAGAAGGCGGAAACGGAGCGGAAAGCGAAAGUUGAGACGGAGAGGAAAGAGGCGGAGAGAAAGAAACUAGAGGCGGAGAGGAAAGCGAAGGCUGACGAGGAGGCGCGGAAAAAGAAGGAAGAGGAGAGAAUACGGGCCGAGGCCGAGGCGAAGGAACGGGAAGAGAAGAAACGGAAAGAGGAGGAGAAGCGGAAAGAAGAGGAGCGGAAGAAGGAAGAGGAGAGGAAGAAGGUGGAAGCGAAAGCGAAGGCUGAGGCCGAAGCGAAAGCGAAAGCAGAUGCUGAGGCAAAAGCAAAGGCAGAGGCAAGAGCAAAGGCGGACGCUGAAGCGAAAGCAAAGGCGGAAGCCGAAGCGAAAGCAAAAGCAGAGGCCGAAUCGAAAGCGAAGGCGGAUGCGAAAGCGAAGGCGGAUGCGAAAGCGAAGGCCGAAGCAGAAGCGAAAGCGAAAGCUGAGACUGAAGCUAAGGCUAAGAAGGAGAAGGAAGAGGGGGAGAAAAGAGCGGCUGAGGAGCGACGAAAAGCGGAGGAGGAGAAGAAACGGGCGGAAGCGAAGACGAAAGCGGAAGCCGACUCAAAAGCGGCCAAGGAAUCAACUGCUCCGAAGGCAGUUGGUGACGGCGCGAAGGCCGCAGGCCCUGCGGCGGCGGCCGUUACGCUCGGGGCAGUGGCAGCGGGUGCGAUUGCGGCCAAGACAGGGCCUCCUCAGGAGGAGAAGGCCGAAGUUCCGUCGGAAAAGGCUGGGGCGGAAAAGGGUUUGGCCGUAGAGGCCCCGUCUGAGGAGGUUCCUUCCGAGAAAGCUGCGCCCGGAACGGCGCCGUCGGAGAAGGAGCCGUCGGACAGGGCCUCGGAGCGUGCGGUGUCCCCCGUGAAGGAGGUCGAGAGCGCCGCGAGCAAGAAGAAGAAGCGAAAGGAGGCCCUGUCAAAGGCCGACGCGGCGGGCGACAGCAAGAAUCUCCUAGACGCGUUCACGACCAAGAAGCCGGACGAGGCCCCGCGCCCAGCGGCCGCGUUCGAAACCCCGAAGAAGGAAAAGCAGCCUGCGGCAUCCAAAGUCGAAGUUGAUGAUUGGGAGGAGGCGGCAGAUAUCCCGACGCCGAAGCCCGCGAGGGGGGGGUCGGUUUCGCAGCGCCCGAGCACCCCCGCCGACAAACGGUACACGCGGGAUUACCUGAUGACGUUCAAGGAGGAACACGGGGGCUGGCCGGAGGUGGUCAUGGACAAGACGAACGCGGUCCUGUUUGUGCAACCGGACAUGCCGAAGCCGCGCACGCCGAGCGGGAAGCGGGGGGGCAAGGCCGCGCCGCCGGAGGACGACAAGUGGCUGCAGCGGGGGCCGAGCGGGAUCGGAGGGGAUCCCCGGUUGGACUCCCCAAGUCGGGGCGGCCCCCCUCCGGGCAACUUCCGGCCCGGCGGCCCUGGUCCCAGUUUAGGGGGUCGGGGGAUGCGGCCAGGCGGCCCCCCUGGAGCGGGCGGAAGGGGCCCAGGGGGGCAGUUUGUGCCGCCAGGUGUCAACCCGGCGCUGCUGGGGCUGCCAGCUGGCGGGCCGGGCCAGAACGGCAUCGACGCGAAUAGGUGGGGGAAGAAGCCGAUGGAGCCGGUCGCGCCGAAGCAGCCUCUGCCGGCCAUUCACAAAACGCAAAACAGGUUCGUGGUGGGCAAACCGACGGACGAGGAGACGGCCAAGAUCAAGCGCGUGAAGGGCAUCCUGAACAAGCUGACGCCCGAGAACUUCGAGCGCCUCUUCCAACAGAUGAUCGACGUCGAGAUUAGCAACGCGACCACGCUAACCAUGGUUAUUGCCCAGGUGUUUGAAAAGGCGCUCCUGGAGCCGGGCUUCUGCGAGCUGUAUGCAGAGUUCUCCAAGCGACUGCAGACAGAGCUGCCCGAGUUCAUGGAGAAGGACGAGGAAGGGAACGAGGUGAAGGUGACGUUCCGGCGCAUCCUGCUCAACAAGUGUCAAGAGGAGUUUGAGCGGAGUAACGAGCAAGUGGACGAGAACAGCGAGGAGCGGCCCGAAGAGGGCGCCGAAGAAGACGCCAAGCCCGACAAGGAGGUCAAGAAGCUGACGCCUGCGCAGGUCGAGGCGGAGAACAAGAAGAUUCGGCAGCGGUUUUUGGGCAACGUGCGCUUCAUCGGCGAGCUGUACAAGAAGGGCUUGCUAACCGAGAAGAUCAUGCACGUGUGCAUCACGAAGCUGCUGGGCGGGGAGGCGGUGCCGCACGAGGAGGACCUCGAGGCGCUCUGCAAGCUGAUGACCACCAUCGGGGCGAUGAUCGACCACCAAAAGUCAAAGGCGCACAUGGACGCGUAUCUGAAGCGGAUAUCGCAGCUUUCGCGGGAUGCUUCUCUGUCGUCGCGCAUCCGAUUUGCGCUGCUCGAUGUGGUGGAGAUGCGCGAUUCGGGCUGGCGGGAGCGCCGCAAGACAGACGGGCCCAAGACUAUUGACCAGGUGCAUAGAGACGCCGCUCAGGAGAACCGGGACAAGCUAGCAGCGGCUAGCGCGCGCCCGGACAUGCGCAGGGGGGGCGGCGGCAGCGGGCGGCGAGACUUCCCGCCCCAGCAGAUGAGGGGGGGCCCGGGGCCGAUCUUCCCCAACCCGCCUCAGAUGCGGGGAGGUCCGAUGGGGAGAGGACCAGGCGACGCCCGGUUGGCCGACCGCAUGGACGGCCCCAUCCGCGGCAUCAGCGCGCGGCACGACGACGGGCAGCUCAUCCUCGGUCCAGGGGGGCGCGGGGGCCGCGGAUUUGGACCCCCUGGGCAGAUGCGGGGCGAGCCGCUCAUCCAGGACGAUCGUUUUGGGGGGAACAGGCCGCUGCGAGAUAGAGACGGGAGACCGAUCGAUCCCAGAGGGGGGGGCGAUCGGUUUGGGGAUCGGGGGGGCCCUGGGCCGGACCGGUUUAACGAUCGAGGGGGGCCUGGGCCGGACCGCUUUGGGGGGGGCUACGACAAGGGGAUGGACAGGAGGGGGGAGUUUGAGAGGGGGCCGCCGAGGGAGUUCGACAGGAGGGAACGAGACGAAGGUCCGUCACGGGACCGCUCGCCGCUUCUCAACCCGCCCUCACGUCCGACAAGCGCUUCUUCUGAGCGGGACAGCGGUAGCCGGUUGGGUGCGCCUUCGCGGGAGGCCAGCACGAGCCGGCCCGCGACGCCGCAGUCGCCCGACAUCGGGAAGCCGUCGGAGGACGCGCCGGCAGAAGAGGAGCUGGAGAGGAGGACGCUGGGGGCGCUCAAGGAGUUCUAUGGGUUGCAAGAUGUGAAGGAAGUGGAGGCGAUUCUGGAGUCGCUGGACGCUGCGAGCUAUCAUCCGAAAAUGAUUGCGCAAUGGGUCCAGAACGCGAUCGAGGGCAAGGACGUCGCGCGCACGUCGCUCGCCAAGCUGAUUCCGGCGCUGGCUCAGGGGGACAAGAAGCUGAUCACGCGGGAACAAAUAGAGGACGGGUUCAAGAUCUUCUUGGAGGCACUGGGAGACAUCGUCAUUGACGUUCCGUUAGCGUACAGCCACACAGCCGCCCUGUUCUCCACGCUGAUAUCCGCCCAAUUGAUCUCCCUCCCGGUGGUCGGGAAACUGCUCAAGCACGGGGGCUACGAGGACGGGGAGCUCGUAUCGGAGGGGGGCGCCCUGAAGGUUCUCUUGGGACUGCUAAAGAGAAUGAAGGACGAGUCUGGGGAGGAGGCGAUGGCCGAGAGCUUUAAGGGUUCCGGGCUGGAGCUGAAGGACUUCGUGGGGCCGGAGAAGGACCGGGCGGAGCAACAGCUAAAAGACCACGGUCUCGGCGUUCUGUUAGGAUAGACUGGUCCUCUGGAGUCGGCCGUUGGACGACGUUUUGAGCAACCCGUAUAGGUCAGAAGUAUCUAGUCAUGCGGUAGUUGUCGCCUUAUAGAGUCAUCGAUGUCAGCCCGUCAAGCUUGCCUUCUUUCAAGUGGGCGAUUGCCAACUGUUUACCUGGGUGUGUCCCCCAUUUGUGUUGCAU